GUGUUUGUAAUAGGGGAAAAUCCCAAAUAAUUUAGAUAUUUGUUCUGUGGCCACUGAAUCUAGCUGUCUAUCCAGAAAAUCACCCUCUUGCCUGUCUGCCUGCUUUUGACACCAUGACCAGACGCAAGCAGAAAAAAUCUGGAAAGAAACACAAACAUGGCAAGAAAAAAGAUGCAAAGAUGCAUGGGAAGAAAGACUCAGGAGUGCCUCAGUUGUCACGUUUCAAAGAGCCAGUCAAAAAGGAAGCAGCGCUCAAGCAGAAAAGGGUAGCUGAACUGCAGGAACGGCAACGCCUGGCCCGUCAAAAGGAAAUCGGAAGGUUUCGGAGUCUGGAAGGGCUUCAGAAGGAUGCUUUACGCCGGCAGCAACAUUUUAAUCAAAAGGAGAUGGAUCUGCAGCAACUGGCCAAGCAUGCCCUUCUGGAGAAAGAUAGCUCCUGCAAGGCCUACUAUAAGGAGUUCAGGAAGGUAAUUGAAGCUGCUGAUGUGAUCCUUGAAGUUCUUGAUGCUCGGGAUCCCCAAGGCUGCCGGUGCCCUCAGGUUGAGCAGGCAGUGAUGCAGGCUGGCACUAACAAGAGGCUAGUCCUGGUGCUAAAUAAAAUCGAUCUGGUGUCUAAGGAGAUUGUAGCAAAGUGGCUGAAGUAUCUGAGAAAUGAAUUCCCUACAGUUGCCUUCAAAGCUUCCACACAGCAGCAAAGUAAAAACCUGCAACAGAGCCGUGUCCCAGUAAUCCAGGCUUCGAGUGACUUGCUCAGCAGUGGAGCCUGUGUCGGGGCUGACAGCCUCAUGAAGGUGUUGGCCAACUAUUGUCGGAACCAGGAUGUUAAGACAGCCAUAACUGUCGGAGUUGUUGGCUUUCCGAAUGUUGGCAAAAGCAGUUUGAUCAACAGCUUGAAGAGGAGCCGGGCCUGCAGUGUGGGUGCCACGCCUGGCGUUACCAAGUGCCUACAAGAGGUACAUCUGGACAAGCACAUCAAAAUCUUAGAUUGUCCUGGGAUUGUCAUAGCUUCUCCCACCUCCGAUGCGGCCAUGAUCCUACGAAACUGUGUUAAGAUAGAGCAACUGGUCGAUCCAGUUAGUCCAGUGGAGGCCAUUUUGAAACGAUGCAACAAACAACAGAUUACGCAGCACUAUGGCGUGCCAGAUUUCCAGGAUACUAUGGAGUUCCUGGCUCAUUUGGCCCGGCGUCAGGGCAAGUUGAAGAAAGGAGGAGUACCAGAUCAUGAAAAGGCAGCAAAAGCAGUGCUAAGUGACUGGACGAGUGGGAAGAUCAGCUAUUUCACACAUCCACCUGAAACCCACACACUGCCCACUCACGUCAGUGCUGAGAUUGUGGCGGAAAUGGGCAAGGCCUUCGAUUUUGAAGCUCUCGAACAGGAAAACGAGAAGGCUUUGGCAAGCUUGCCCUCUGGUCCUGUUGGCAUCAGCUUGGAAGGCUUUGGCCUCACCAGUGGAGCAGAGGCUGAGAUGGAUGACGAGGAAGAACUCCACCAUCAGGAUCCGGAAGAGACCAAAAUGGAAGAAGAUGGUGACCCCGAGUUUGGCCCUAUGACGAUAGAACUGAAAGCCAAGAGCAAGGCCCUUGUGGAAGCCGAGAAGGCUGUUCCUAAGGCUCCGGACCUGAGAGAGAUCUCUGCCUUGGAUCCCCUGCACCAGGGCCAGGGCCUGCGGGCAGCAAGCAAGAGACGCAAAAAACAGCAGAAGCGAGCAGAAAAGAUUGCUACCAAGCUCUCGGCAACACUGACAGCAGCUAUGAAUUUCAGCUUGUCGGAUGACUAGCAGAAUAGUGCUGAUUGAAUGGUGCAGAAGAAAAGAUUGGCACUGGGACUUUCUUUUAUCUUCCUGCAUGGCAGGAGGUUGGCCCUUGGGUCUCUUCUGACUCUUUGCUUUGAUGAUUCUACCUCAGGAAAGUCUGUUCUCCCACAUGGUCUGUUUAUAUACUUCUGCAUCACCACAACAACUAGUAAAUUCAUGCCCUAUGCAAAACCCAAUGUUGUUUUCAAUAAAAACAUUUUAUUUAAUUGGUUAACAUCAAAA